CGCGACGCGACUUCGCUCUUCCCACCACCCGCGCUGCUGUUCAAAGUGCAUAUAUGCGCAUAUAACAUCACACUCUCCCUCGACGACCACAAUGAGCGUCCGCGGCAAGGGUCAGCUCCCGCGCAGGUCCUUUGGCGGGCCCACGGACGAAUCCGCGCUUGAUGUGAACGACAAUCUCUCGCCGAAUGAGGUGGCGUCUCCCCGGACGCUCGGAGGCGCUGGACGGGUCUCGUUUGGAACCAUGAACCACCGACCGAGCUUCCUCGCCAGAUGGCGUCGCGGAGGACAAGACGAGGAGAGUGCAGGAGCAACCCCUCGCAGUCCUAUGCCCGAGCGCCCUCCCAUCCCCUCCAUGAUCCAGCCAGCAAAUGAGCCAGAGUCGACGCCACUACCCAAGCUCUCCAUGAUCGUCUUCUGCAUAACCAUGCUCGGCGAAUUCCUUUGCGCGAACGUCUGUACUCCAUUCCUGUUAUUCAUGGUGGAAAGCUUUGGCGAGACAGAGGACGAGGCAGAGAUUGCGUUCAACACGGGCGUAUUGGUCUCUGUCUUCUUCCUCACCCAGUUCUUGACUUCCCUACUCUGGGCUACUAUCGCUCAGAAGCACGGCACAAGGAUCGUCCUCACAACUUCCUUGCUGGGAAGCGCAGCUACAGUUGCUAUCUUCGGCACUUCUACAUCUCUGAAGCAGGCCCUUUGCGUCCGCCUGCUGCAGGGUAUCUUUGGUGGUGCUGUCGGUGUUGCUCGUGGAAGCGUUGCGUUCAUCACAGAUCCCAGCAAUGAAGGUCGCGCAUAUGCUAUCCUCGGCUUCUGCUGGGGCUUCGGAGGUGUGGCUGGUGCCAUCAUUGGUGGAACUUUUGAGCGGCCAGCGGACAAGUGGCCGGAAACCUUCGCGAGCAUCCCACUCUUCACCACAUACCCGUACUUGUUACCUAGUCUUAUCGCUGCAUCGAUCACCUUCAUUGGCUCCUUCCUAUCCCUAUUCCUAGGUCCGAAUGGAGGUCCGCGCGAGGGGGCUAUUCAGCUACCGCCCGAGAAGCUCGAUUCCGAACCUGUCGCGGAGGGGACUGCGGCGCCACCCUCUCCGGGCCCACUUUUCGAGGACCUUGAGCGCCCGACGAGUCUGACUGGGACUCUGAAGAAAAAGAUUUCACAGCGGCUUUCCGGUAUUCUCGGGUCGCCUGAUAUCGCUGGUUCACCUCCAUCCUCAUCCCCUCAGCCUCCCGUACCAUUGACAUCGGGCUCGCGUAUGGAUAGGCGGACUUUCUCGCGCACGAGUCGCGCGAACGGGUCGGCGUAUGGCUAUAGCACCUAUCGCAACCGCGUCGCCAGCAGCAGUGCUGCUGUACGCCGUGGUAGCACCAGCAGCAGCACGCUCAAUGCUACACUUCGUCGUGCAAGCAUGAGCAGCGCAGGUCGACGUCGGCGCGGGAGCAACUGGGAUGCGCUGCGCGAGUCGGACCCGAGCGAUAUGAACUUUGCUCAGCGCCUGCUCAUGGCAAAUGAGAACGCGGUCACGCAUAUUGCUGACCUGUGGGUCGCUGCUGCGAUGAAUGUCGAUAACGAGGAGGUCUUCGAGAGCGAGUCAGACUACGGCUCGGACGAAGAGGGCACGGACUUCGGCGACGUCCUCGAGGACGACACCCAAGAGGACGCACCAUCCUCGCCCACCUCCAGCCCCACCCGCGGUCGGCGUCCAUCGAGCGUCUCACAAUCGACGCGCCGCCAAUCCACCGGCCACCGCGCCUCCUUCAGCACCAAUCGGCAAGCUCCCCUCGGGACGAUGCGCCGCCCGACCGCGAUGCAGCUCCCCGGCCGCACGCCCUCCUUCACACUUCAGUCGCCCGAUGGGCAUCCCACGCUCACGCGCCGCGCCUCGAACACGCCGACCAUCUUCUCGCACGCGGGCGUCAAAACCCCUCCCGCCGUGCUCGACGCGCAGCAGCUUCUGCAGCGCGGCGGCGACCCCGAGACGCCGCAGGGCGACUCUCUUGCGCCCAUCCUCGAGUCGCGAGGGCACUCGGUGGCGGAGGGGCAUGUGAGGGGGGAGGAAAUGGAUGCGGAGGCGGCGCUGGGGGAGAAGUCGCCGUCGCUGGCGUCGCAGCUGCCGAUCUUGGUGAUUGUGCAGUAUGGGCUGUUGGCGCUGCAUAGUACGACGCAUGAUCAGUUGUUCAUGUCGUAUUUGGUCACGGACUACAAGUCGGGAGGCCUAAAUCUGACGGCGGGGCAUUUCGCUCAGCUGAUCGCGCUCAUGUGCUUGGCGCAGAUUGCGUACCAGUUUGUGCUGUAUCCAAAUAUCGGCCCUCCUCGUGGCCGCUUCUCGCACUUGGCGAUGUUCCGUAUCGGCUCCUUCCUCUUCAUCCCGUCAUACCUCGUCGUGGUGCUCUUCCGCGUCUUUGCGAGCGAGGGUGACGGUGGUAACUUCCUGUUGAUGACGGGUCUCGCCGUGAGCAUGGCCGUCCGUUUCUGUGGCGCUACGUUCGGGUAUACGGCUGUCUCCGUCUUGUUGAACUACAUGACUCCGCCGCAGACUGUCAGUUUGGCGAAUGGCAUUGCGCAGAGUAUCGUUAGUUUGGCACGCUUCUUUGGGCCGAUCUUGGGUGGCACGCUCUGGUCCGUCAGCACGGAGGGUAAUCCUGGCGGCUACUGGAUCGGCUUCGCCUGUUGCGCGGGCUUCACUGCCGUGGCGCUGCUUCACAGCUUCUUCAUCCGUUAGAGGUAGUGUAUCUUUAUGACCAUCGCUCUGUGUUUCCUGCGUAGAUCCCUCUUGCCAUACACGCGUAAGUAUCCUGCAGAUGUCGACACUUGUUUCCAUACCCCGUAACAAAUUUCCUGUGUACUGUACUUCGCUCUCAGACGGUUCUAGUAAUCAUGCAUUGGUUUCUUUUGUUGGACUUC